CCCCGUCCCGCCCGCCCGUUCCUAUGGCAGCCGCCGGGCCGGGCCGGGCCAUGGCGGCGGCGGCGGCCGCGUUGUGCCUGGGCCGGGCCCCGCCGCCUCCCCCGCGGCCGCUCGUGGUGAUCCUGGGCGCUACCGGCACCGGGAAGUCGGCGCUGGCCGUGCAGCUGGGGCUGCGCCUGGGCGGGGAGAUCGUCAGCGCCGACUCCAUGCAGGUGUACAAGGGCCUGGACAUCAUCACAAACAAGGUUUCUCCCCAGGAACAGCGCCUCUGCAGGCACCACAUGAUCAGCUUUGUGGAUCCCCUUGUCUCCAACUACACGGUGGUGGAUUUCAGAGACAAAGCCGUGGCUCUGAUCGAAGAUAUCUUUGCCCGAGACAAGAUCCCGAUCGUUGUGGGAGGAACCAACUACUACAUCGAGUCCUUGCUCUGGAAGGUCCUCGUCAGCACCAAGGAGAAGGCCAGCCCGGCGCCCAGCCCGGCCCCCGACAGGAAAGUGGAGCUGGAGCAGCUGGACGGCGUGGAGCUCCACCGCCGCCUGACCCAGGUGGACCCCGAGAUGGCGGCCAAGCUGCACCCCCACGACAAGCGCAAAGUGGCCAGGAGCCUCCAAGUGUUUGAAGAGACAGGGAUCCCCCACAGUGAAAUCCUGCACCAGCAGCAGGAGGAGGAAGGUGGAGGACCCUUGGGGGGGCCCCUGAAAUACCCAAAUUCUUGUAUCUUGUGGCUCCAUGCAGAUCAGGCAGCUCUGGACCGGCGGCUGGAGCAGCGGGUGGACGACAUGCUGGCCGCAGGACUGCUGGAGGAGCUGCGGGACUUCCACCGCCGCUACAACCGACAGAAGGUGGCCGAAAACCGCCAAGAUUACCAGCACGGCAUCUUCCAGUCCAUCGGCUUCAAGGAGUUCCACGAGUACCUCGUCAGCGAAGGGAGCUGCUCGCCCGAGACCAGUGCCCUGCUGCUGCAAAGAGGGAUCCAGGCCCUGAAGCAGGUGACCAAGAGAUAUGCCCGGAGGCAGAACAAAUGGGUCCGAAACCGCUUCCUGAGACGUCCUGGCCCCAACGUGCCCCCGGUGUAUGGCCUGGAGGUGUCUGAUCAAUUGCGGUGGGAGGAGGAUGUGCUGAAACCUGCUCUGGAGAUCGUUGAGAGCUUCAUCCAGGGACGUGAGCCCCCGGCAGAGCCCGUAAAGAUGGAGUUCGACGCAAACGAGAACAAACGGCGUCAUCGCGUGUGCGAGCUCUGCGACAGGGUCAUCAUCGGGGACCGGGAGUGGGCAGGAUUGUUUACAGCCCGGCUAUGAAAGCAGCCAUUUGCAAGCCCAGAGGGGGAGCAGGAGCUGUGCCACAGCAGCCAUCUGUCGGGCUGCCCCCCUUCCCCGGCACCCGGUCAGCGCUCUGCCAUCGUGCCAGACGUGGGGGGCUCGACGCAGCAUCAAACCUCUGAGCUGCCUGUGUUUAGUCUGGGCUGCUGGUCCCUUUCAGCACUUCAGAUACUUUGUGAAAAGGCGAGGAACAAAUUUAUUCCUCCUAAAAUGCUGUUGUGUAAAGUGAAAGUUUCUUAACGCUUUUAAUAGCUCAGUUACGCUCCAAUAUUUCCUAUUUGCGUAUUCUUCCUAUUUGUGUGUUUUUCAAAAAAAAAAAAUCUUCCUAGCUGUAAUGGCAAUAAGAAAGGAUUUUCUAUUUUCAAUAGACUUACUUUUAAAAGAGCUCAGUUGGAAUCAGAUUAACUCAGUGAAUUUAUCUGCACUUGAGGCUCAUGCUGAGAACCAGAAAUAAAAAGCAGUCAAGAAACCGGCUGCAGAAAUGAACCUGGUAAAUCUCCGUGUGUUGCCCAAAUGCAGAGACAAUGCAAAGAGAAAUUGUGCCCAGGCCAUCGGCUUUGAACGAGCCCUUUAUUCCUAUCGAUCCGGGGAACUGCCGAAAGCAGAUGGGAGUUGGCUCAGAGUGGGGAGCUCGUUACAGCGAGACCAGUUUAAUUGUUAUGGUAGCCAGUCUCAGCUGCGCUAGCUCCGAGGUGCUCUGAAGAAGCUCUGCCUACUCCAGAACCAGGGGCUCUGAAAGUGGUCGGGAUCCGUGCCAGUCUGCCAGGUCCAGCAAGGUUUAUGGCGGAGCUGGAACUCCUCAGGAUGCCCCACACACCACAGCUGUGACUGCCUGUCCCCUGGGGAUGUUGUUCCAGGUCCUGCAUGAUGAUACCUUUCGGAACCCACACCAGCUGGGUGUUCUCUGCCUCUAGCUGAAUUUGGCUCAAAUCUUCAGAUGGCAGGAGAAAAAUGGCCCAAAACCUGGGUGUAACUUGUAACUGCAAAAUGUGAGAGUCAAAGGGAAGUGAAAACAGCAGUGGGGGCUGAGUCAAUCUGCAAUCUGGUCUGCUUCCCUAAGACAAGUUACAGAUAGUUCUGGGAACUGCUUCCCGGUCCCUCGCUGGCUCUGGAAGAUUUUUACAUUUUAUCUAACUUUGCAAUUUGUAUGGACUUCAAAGAGCACGCCUCCCCAGACACCAGCUGAAAUCAGUGCUUUUUGCAGCCGCUGCAAGCUUUGGAGUUGCUUGCAACAAAUUGCAAGAGGUGAGACUUCAUUUCAAGCUGAGGGUGACCCGACAGCGUUGUGAUAAAGCAGCAGCUUUGCAUGUCAUUUUAUCCUUUGGCAGAAAAGGAGGACUGGAAAGCACCUCAGGGCCUUGAUUCAGCAAGCACAUACCCUUGUUUAAUUAAGGCCCUGCUUGAAAAGUUUGCUCUUUAAUUGCUGCUCUGAUCUCUUGGAAAUAGCAAAACCGCCCUGCUAGGAUGUUCCAUUGGUCUGGUUAGACAAAGCGUCUUCUGUUUAGAUAAUACCACCGAUACGGGAGGUUUUGCUGCCCUUAACUCUGUGAUUUUAAGCAGAAACGCAGCUCUCGCUACCCCGGUGUGUCAGUACAAGCUGCUUCUCCGGGGUCACGCCUCUGUUCCGUCAGACUCUGCUGAAGAGCUCCGGUAGCUGCGAGCCGUGCCCUGCAGUUAUGCAAAAGCUCGGUUGUGCUCCGGGCUCAGUCCCUGCCCGCUCGGUGGCCGUGCGGGUUAUCCCCGUGCUGCGCAGGCAGCUGGGCUUACAAAUGAUCCUGGCGGCGUUCCACGGGCUGGGGGCGAGUUGCACAACCUCGCCCGCAUCCUGCAAGGUGCCGCCCGUUGGGUAACACUCGCCUUUGUUCUCUCCUCCCGGCGCUUGGGUCUCAGCUCGGAGCAGAGCUGCUGGGGUGUUGAAUCCUGAAGGUCUGGAGCUUUCUGUGUACAGACCUGGGAUUUGUCCCUCUCCCAGUCCUUCCUCUGCUCGUGACAAGGCUUGAAAGGGUUGUUCUUCUCUGUGCCGUGAUUAUUUGGCCUGGAAGUGCCCUGAGAAACAGCCAGGGCAGGGCCAGGGAGUUCAUUUUUUUUGUGGGAAUGGCCUCAAGUGGAAGAAUGGGAACCGAGGGUGCUUGGUUCGGGCGUUCCCUUCUCCACGCUCCCCAGAGCUAAACGCUUGUUUGCCUC